AUGGAAGGCGACCAAACUAUUAUCAGCAAGCCAGCAACAUCCGACCAACAGCAGCAACAAAAAGAGGAUAUCAAAUCCUUCACAUUUGAUAAAUCUUAUUGGUCUUUCGACAAAAAUGAUCCAAAUUAUGCAGAUCAGCAAUGUGUUUACAAUGAUUUGGGUGUCGAUUUACUCAAUCAUGCAUUUGAUGGAUACAAUUGUUGUAUAUUUGCCUACGGGCAAACUGGCGCUGGUAAAUCGUAUUCAAUGAUGGGCUAUGGCGAGGAUAAGGGUAUUAUUCCUCGCACUUGCUCUGAAUUGUUCACUCGCAUCGCUGACAAUACUGACACCGCUUUGACUUAUCGAGUCGAAGUAUCCUACAUUGAAAUUUAUAACGAGAAAGUACGUGAUUUACUAAAUCCAAAAAACAAAGGCAAUUUAAAAGUACGUGAACACCCAUCUUUGGGUCCUUAUGUCGAAGAUUUAUCUCGACUAGUAGUGAGAUCGUUUGAUGACAUCAAUCAUCUAAUGGAUGAAGGAAAUAAAGCAAGAACAGUUGCUGCUACAAACAUGAAUGAAACGUCUUCCCGGUCACAUGCUGUUUUCACCUUGUUCUUGACGCAGACGAGGUUAGAUGAAAUGACCAAGCUGGAAACAGAAAAAGUGGCUAGAAUUAGUCUUGUAGAUUUGGCAGGUAGUGAACGCGCCAAUAGCACCGGUGCAACAGGUGCUAGGCUAAAAGAAGGCGCCAACAUCAACAAAUCGCUCACAACGCUCGGUAAAGUCAUUUCCAGUUUAGCAGACCAAUCAUUGGCUUCAUCAGGAAACGGAAAGAACAGCAAAAAGAAAGAUGUUUUCAUACCUUAUCGUGAUUCCGUCCUGACGUGGUUACUCAAAGAUUCAUUGGGCGGUAACUCUAAAACAGCCAUGAUUGCUGCUAUUUCACCUGCAGAUUACGAUGAAACACUCAGUACAUUGCGUUAUGCCGAUCAAGCAAAAAAGAUCCAAAACAAGGCAGUUGUUAAUGAAGACCCUAAUGCUAAAAUGAUACGCGAAUUAAAAGAGGAACUGACACUUUUAAGAGAUCGAUUGCGUGUAUACGCGCCUGAAGUAGUAGAAGAAUUAUCGGGAUCAAAAACAUUGCUGCAACAGUGCUCGACGUCCAAUGAAGGAGGACGUAGUGGUAGUAGUAACAAUGGCAACGUACCCAAUCCUGUACCUUCUCAAUCCUCAGCAUCCAGUCAAGUACUACUCAUCGACGAUGGCAAGGGUAAUAAGAAAAAAAUGACGAAACAAGAAGUCGUCGAACAACUUCAAUCUUCUGAGAAGCUGCUAGCCAAUUUAAACGAAACUUGGGAAGAGAAAUUAAAAAAGACGCAACAGAUACAACUUGAACGCGAGCAGGCAUUAAAGGAGCUCGGUAUUACCAUUGAUAAGAAUGAUAUGGGUAUCUACACACCCAAGAGUAUACCCUACAUUGUCAACUUGAAUGAAGACCCACUCAUGUCAGAAUGUUUGAUGUACCAAAUUAAACCUGGAAAAAAGACUAUUGUAGGUCAAAAAGAGAGCAGUUGCGAUAUACGACUGAGUGGCGCAACAAUCUUUGACGAACAUUGUUGGUUCGAGAUAGAAGAAGAACGACGGCUAUCACCAAACUCUGAAGAUGGCGCAGACGGAGAUGUCGAAAAACAGCAGCAAGAGAGUAUUGACAUAGUCACACUUUACCCUACUGAUAAUAAGGAUGCUCUUACCAUGGUGAACGGUAUACGUAUUCAUGAACCUACAAGGUUGAAAAAUGGGUACAGGAUUAUUUUAGGCCACCACCAUAUAUUCCGAUUCAAUCAUCCGGAAGAGGUGCGACGCGAAAGAAGUAAUGAUGCGCUGAGAAUGACUGCUGCCAGUGCAUACAGUACGGACGGUUCUCUACCUUCAUUGGAUAUAGCCGCUGCGAAUAAUGCAGGCACCUUUACUGGGCUAGAUACAUCAGUUGUGUCGUCACCAUCUCCUUUGCCUCCACUUACUCCUACAACAGAAGUCAUUGAUUGGAACUUUGCUCGUUCAGAGGCCAUGAGAAAUAGCAGUAGUUACUAUAAUGUCGCUAUUUCUUCAGAGAAGAACGAUUUUAGCGGACUGAAAGAUGAAGACAUCGAAAAGCUGUAUGAUGAUAUUGGUCGGAUUCGUAAUAGUAGAGGACGUUCCUCGAGAACCAACAGCCGCAUAUUUGCUGGCAGUGUCACUGACAGUGACGAUAUUACAUCCUUAUCCACUAUGAAUACAAACUCGCUUCAUAGGUUGUCAACAGCUGCUACCACAGUUGUGGAUGAUGCAGGAAGUAUUUUUACUGAUUCAACGCUGCGUUACAACGGAAGCUUAGUAAGCUCGCCUCUUCACCAACAGACUUUCAAAAUUCAUGAGGAAAAAUUGAUCAAGGAUGUUCAAGAGAAACAUCAAAGAGAACUCAAUCAGCAGCGUGAAUUCUAUGAAGCUAAGCUACACCGUAUGUCUUCCAUGCUUGUUCAUAGUCCUACCAACAUUGGCAGCAGCAUAACAUCCGAUAUGAAUGCAAUGGAUCAACUACUCAAAGAUAGUAACGUUUACACCUACUCAACUCGCGAAAAAGAGCUGAUCCAAAAGACAAUAUAUUGCUGGAAGCGGAUACGCAACGUCAGCAUGGCAGAAACAGUUCUAAUGAAUGCUGCCUUACUGAAAGAAGCUAAUAUUAUCUCUUGCGAGUUUAAAAAGAAUGUUACAUAUCAGUUUACCAUCAUAGAGGAAGGAUUUUCCAAUUUGAAGUCUUAUUGGGAGCAGAAAAAAACCGGGCUUUUGCAUCAAUUCGAACAGGAGGAUGAAUAUGCAUUCUUUGGUCAACCGCAGCAAGAGCAGACGAGUAAUAAUGUUGAACAGCACAAGUUGAAAUCAUCCCCACCAAAGCCAUGUAUCGGCGUCAAAGUUAUUGAUCACAAACACCAAUGUGUAUACACAUGGUCACUGGAGAAAAUGAAAGAACGCUUGGAAAAGAUGCGUAAUCUACGCCAAUUUAGUGAUAGACCUCAUUAUCGUCAACAUUUAAAUUUUGAAGACCCUUUCUAUGAAACACCGUGCCCGACUUAUUCGUUUAUAGGAAGUGCAGCUGUUUCUAUGCGCAAUUUAGCUUUUUCUCAUCAACCACAAGUUUACGAAAGUGAAGUAAGUAUUGUAUGCCGUCAAACAGGCCAAGUAAAAGGCAAGCUGGUGUUGCUCGUGUCACCUAUUGCUCAAAGUGGUUUCCUAUCCGAGGAAAGCAGUAGUAAUAGCUUAGCAGAAUAUCUGACAGAAGAACCUUUAUGCCUGCGAACAGAACCAGGCAUACAUGGUGAUCAUGAAGAAAAAAACAAAGAAAAUAGCAACUCUCCACGAACAGCUAUCAGUUCCAGUCGCAAUAAUGAAACAAGCAUUAUACAAAUCGGCCAACAGUUACUAUUUGAAGUACGACUAUUAGAAAUAAAAGGCAUGAAUGAACAGGAGUUUACAGAUAUUCAUGUCCAAUAUCGACUUUCUUCCUUUGGCGUGUCUUCAUCUCAACAGCAGCAGACUGAAAGAUUGUUCGCUUCCAAGCCUGCAAGCGGAUUUGGUACGAGUUCUAUCCUGCUGAAUUCAAGUCAAACAUUAUCCAUCAUGGUGACUGAAUCAACCCAAGAUGUAUUCCUUAACAAAAUGAUUAAUUUUGAGGUGUAUGGCAAAGUAGCUGCUGCCACCUUAAAAUACAUGGAAAGAUGGGAUAACCAACGAGAGAUAGAAAGGCUACCACUAUCGUCUGUAAAUCCGGACAACAAUAGAGCUGAGCAGCAGCAAUCUCACACUGCGUUCGAGCGUAGGCCUGAAAACGAAUUAUUAGGAACAGAAAGACACGAUGUUCUUGCUUGGAUUCAAAUUUGCGAACUUAUGCCAAACGGAAAUUACAAACCCGUACUUGUUCGUUCACAGAAUUCUUUAGAUAGAGGGUAUUUCAUACUCAAACAAGGGUUGCAGCGGCGCAUUGUAAUCACGCUCUCGCAUACAUCAGGCCGGCAAUUUUCAUGGACAAAAAUGUCGAAUGUUAGACUGGGUCAUAUACGUCUAUUGGAUGCCAAAGGGCGUAUCAUUCAUCAUAAAAGCAAAUAUCCGAUUUCGAGUGCAUCAGUGUCAGCCAAUAAUCAUUACAAUGGCGAUAGCGAAACAUAUAAACAUAAUGAUGAUCAUAUCGCUAUCAGCUUACUACCUCAGCAAUCCAUAGUAUACAACAACGAUGGUACGAGCACUUUAGUAGCCCAGGGUGCUUGGGAUUCAUCGCAACAUGAUUGCUUAUUCUUGAAUCGACCCACAGCUUCCCAGACUCGAGUUCUCAUGAGCCUGUCAUGGGAAGUUGAAGUACCCGGUAAAACUUCCAAACCUAUUGAAUGCCAGAUGGAUAUAUCUGUGUACAUCCAGAGCCGCGACACUUCUUCCUUGUCCCUUUCGGCUUCAGCUUCGUCUUAUCAAUUUGCAUUACGUAAAUUAUUAUCUUCUGUAAGUACCAGCACUUCGUCGUCUUCUCCCUCGUCAUCAUCUGGAAGAAAGAAAAGUAAUGGCUACUGCAGUAGAUACAUGACAAAGUGUAGCGGCCUCUUUCUAAUCCAACUUCGACCUCCUAUGACACGGCGUGUAAGCCAAUUGUGGAGACUGAAUACUACUUCCAAAUACAUACCGGGCGAAGAAAUACUAAAACAGGAUAAUGAUUGUUGGAAACCUCGCGGUGUUAGCUUGAUCAGCGAUUUCCAAAAAAUUCAGGAAAGCAUCAUAAAAAAAGAGAAAGUAACAGCUACUUUACAAGCUCUUAUGCUUCAUACAGCAAGAUCCCAGACAAGCUUAAAUGCAACAACGUCCAGUGCGUCAUCAACAGCUAUCAACUCGUCGGUUGAUAAUAAAUUGACCGCACGACAAGCGGAGUUGCUACGAAAAGUGCUUGGACUGUGGACCAGCCGAUGGGGUACGAAUAAAGAGAUAACGCUUAGCCAAAGCCCUCCUAUUUCUGCUACUGAGUCCUAUCACGAAAGAAUGACAACACAUAACAAUCAACAUAAAAAUAUGAGUCUUGCUACUCAGAAGUUAAUAGCAGAAGUCAAACUUGUUACUGAAUUUGAUAAUAUAACGAAGAAAGGUUAUUUAACCUAUCAAGAAAAUGCCUUGGACGACCGAUGGACAAAAAGAUGGUUUGUCCUACGCAGGUAA